AUGUGCAUGCAGAAAGACAAAGUCUGGUUAGAGUGCAAUCACCGCGCCUUUUUUCGCUUCGAGCCCUGCGCCAGGCUCGGCCACGGCUGCUUCGGUGCCGGCGGCGACCACGACGAGGUGCACGUGCAAGAUAUCUGCGCAGACUGCAAGAGAAAAGACCCCAACCCUGCCGCCCGCGAGGCCGAGAGGGUGAGGAGGGAGAUGGAGCUGCGCGCUAGGAGGGCGGAGGAAGAGCGUGUUGCGCAGAUCAAAAGGCUUCAGAUUGAGGCUAGGAGGAGGGCAGAGGAUGCGAAGAGAAAGCAGGAGGAGGAAGCGCUCAAGUCGGCGAGGAGAAGGGAGAGGGAAAGGCGGCAGUUGGAGAAGCAGGUUGAUGAUAGGGCUGCGAAAGCUCUGGAGAGUCAUAAACGGAAACAUGAAGGGGGGGAGGAGGAUGAACCGAAGGCUAAGCGACAGAGAGGGAGGGGUGGCGGUGGAUGA